AUGGCAGGAUUAAAGAAUGAGGCCAUCUCGGGCUCGAAUGUUCCGAAUAUUCCAGCAAUCGAGAACGCCAGAGUCAUGAAGGAUCAUGACCCUCCUUUAUCUAGCGACAGUAUCAACGAGUCUCAUCAGUCUAUCAUGACUGUCGCAAACAUGCAAACCACAAACGAUUUUCAGGAAGAGAUUACUCAUGAAAAGCCCGCUACUAUCGAUGAAUCAACCGUCAAUUUGGAACUCACUGAAGGACCUCUUGUAUGCCCAUGGCGCCACACAUCACCAAAUAACUCGUUCAAGGACGACGCUGCAAAUAGUGGAAUGUGGUACAAACAGUUUUACCGUAAGAAUUUCGUGCCGGGUAAAUACCUUUAUACUUGGGUCGAGCUUGAAAGAAGAUCAUCUUAUGAUCAAUUUACAUGCUUUCACAGACUUCCAUAUGAACUACGCAGAAAGAUAUGGCUUUACGCACUUCCAGAUCCUCGCACAAUAAGUCUUCAUUUGGCAACCGACUCUGAUUCACGUAUCGUAUGGUCCAAUGAAUUAAACUCACGUCUCAUCACCGCAACUCUGUCUUUUGACGAUGAUUCAAGUGCGAAUUUAUCACCAGAAAAUCUCUUAUGGACAUGUCGAGAAUCCUCCGAGAUAUUUUUACCUGUAGAUGGCACAUACCAUUGCUCACAAGGGGGGACACGACAAGCCGCCUGUGUACGAGUACAGAGCAAAGGCUGGAUUGACUCUAGGGUGGAUACUCUAGUUGCCGAGAAUAUCGAGCACACUUUGAACACGCUAGCGUGGCUUCAAAGCCGUCCAGAUUUCUCCUCAAUUACCAAUCUUGCCAUCUCUGACACCCCUCUCUACAGAGUUCAAAUCGGCUCAUGGUGGACGAAUACUGUUCCAUUUCUCCUAGAAGAGCAAUUCCCUAGACUGAAGCACCUGUCUUUGAUUGCUAAUCAUACCCCGGAGGCUGACGGAUGGAAAUAUUCAAGAGGUUAUUUCGGUCCUUUGGCAGUUGUAAAAGCAACAGAUGUCAACUUCAUGAACGAGCUGAAUCGUGUCUUACAACUUGAACGACUCGCAACUCCUAACAGAUUCGAUUUGGAUACUGAAAAAUUUACGAAUUCUGAACACAGGGACAAAGCUCUUGCACAUCCAAGGCGCUUGAAAAGACGAUUCCUCACUGGAACGAACAUGAACUUCUGGAAGAAUGUCGAGGUAACUCUAGCUUUUCUGGUACAUUGGGAGAAGGACGGAGAGGCUUUGCCCCUUGAUGGAUUACAGCCAGCAUGCGAGAGCCAUCAUCACUUCACCUUUUCUCUGUAUUCCACGAGCCAAAUGCACAUACUUUGGUGGGGACACGAGUAUGUCAUUCCAACUUAUGAGGACGGAAUCGCCAAUGGUGAAUAUUGGGGUAUCAGAGAGCUCUUUGAUGACUAUGAAACAUCCGACAGACCUAAAUCCUCGCAAUGGCCAUGGAACUAUGGAAAGGAUAUAGUAGUUAGUAGGGGAGGCUGUUGGGUCUAG